UGGACUUUCACUUUGGUGACGCUGAGUCGACAGAAAGAGUCUCUGCUCUCAGAGCAGUUUCUCUGCACAACAAACCCAGCCCGUGUAAAAAUGAGCGGCCGUCCUCUGAUGGUCAAUGUUGACCAGUGGAUUGUAGAGAACCAAGAUGCUUUUCUACCCCCGGUGUGCAACAAGCUCAUGCACUUCUCCCAGCUGCUUAUCAUGUUUGUUGGAGGUCCAAACAGCAGGAAGGAUUAUCACAUAGAAGAAGGAGAGGAGUUGUUCUUUCAGCUGAAGGGGGACAUGUGUUUAAAGGUGAUUGAAAAUGGCAGUCACAAGGAUGUGCACAUCAAAGAGGGCGAGGUACUACGUGGACAGCACCACUGACAUCCUGUUUGAAAGAUGGUUCUACUGCGAGGAUCUGGGAACCCAGCUAGUUCCAAUAAUCAAAGAAUUUAUGGCAUCAACACAGUACAAAACAAAAAAACCCAACACAAAUGAAGUCUUCAGAGAGCCUCCAUUCCAGCUGAACACCAUGAAUGUGAUGUCCCCCUUCUCCUUCAGAGACUGGUUGGAUAAACAGAGACCAUUGCUGUCCAACGGCAGCUCCAUCAGUCUGUUCGGACCCCAGUUUGAGACUGAGGUGUUGGUGUUUGGACUGGGACUCAC